AUGUCCUUAAGGACCUCAAAAAUAGGUCACCUCCAGACUCUGCACAACUGUGUGAAAUGGCACCGCAUGGAGAGUAUAGCUAACAGCCUACUAGAUACAUUCUCAGACCUGCUGUGUCACCAGUCCAUGAUCCUGGCCAUGAACUCCAGUUUUAUAGACCCUUUAGUUCAGUAUGAAUCUCAAUUGAGCAUAAUAGAGUCAUCAUUUAGAAAGGCUUUUGCUAUUCCAAGCCUUGAAGUAGUGAAAACAAUGGGGACAAAUGCUGAGGACAAGGAGGAACUGGAGAGUGUUUAUAUGAGCAUUUUCAACAUGUAUGAGGACACUCUUCUGAUUUUAGUAUCUAAAGACCUCUACAAACUACAGAUCUUAAAGGAAAUGAUGAAGUGGAUGGAUGAAGAUAAUUUAUAUUUUCAAGAAAGGGUGAUGGUGAUCAUCAGCAGGGUAUUAAGCUUUGCAUCCAAGAAAGCCAGGGGACAUACGAGUGUUGAUGUUCCGUGUCUAGGAGUCCUGGCGGCAGAGCUGUCUCUCCUGUGCUGUCACACGGAUCCGUCAAUCACACAGCAAGCAUCCUCGGGAAUGUAUUACCUUCUCAGCAUUGCGAAGCAUCAGAAUGCGGGCACCAAUACCACAAAAAGUACCAAGAAUGACGGGCCUGGAAGUCACGACUUCCUGCUUUCUUUAGAUACGCAAGUCCUACCCCAAACCAUGAAUCAACUUAAAACUAAAAUUGCUCAGAGUGUAGGACAGUACUUAAUGCCUUCCUUGCUGACUGACUUCGUGUGGAGUCUCCUGGAGAAACUGUCUUCACGUAGUCAUGUGACUGCAUUUGAGGCGGCAGCCAUCCUGAAGCUAACGCUGGAGUCUCACGCCCAGAAGGUCACUAAGGUAUCUAAGAUUGUGGAUGACAUUUAUCAGCAAAUCAGUAACAACUUUUCCCACACCAUGAAGCAUGCUCUCCUGCGGGUUAUCACCUUGCUGACCCGCACGUCACCCAAGAAAGUCAUCUUUCAACUCAUGGACUACCCGCUCCCAGCAGACAACACGGUGAUCCUGAUGUGGGAAGCGGCCGGCUACGAGUCCAGCGUCGCCCCCGACGUGCUCAGCACCAUCCUGCUGAUCCUCAAAGGGAAGCCUGGGGAGAUGGAGGAGACCCAGAUGGAAAGAAGACGCUUCUCCCUCGAUGCCACCAACAUGAUGCCCGUGGCGGCGUCCCAGGCCCUGUGCACGUUCCUGCCUGUGGGGUCUUACAAGAAAGCAGUGGCCCAGUUUUUCCCCCAGCUGCUGAUGGCCCUCAUGCUCCAGCUGUUCUACACCAGCCAGCUCCGAGUGCUGCCGCAGGACAGACCUCUCUUUGCCCGGGAUGCCCUGCGAGUUUUGCUGAAUUGUUCUGGACUGCAGGAAGUGGAUCUUGCUCUCAAGAAAAAGAAUUGCUGGAACCAGUUUUCCCAAGUACUGUUUCACAAUCAUGGGGUCUACCUCAUUGCCAAAACUCUCAGUGAACAUAAUUUCCCACAGUUUCCGGAGACCUUACAUUAUCUCUACAAGACCUCAGUGGAAGGUCCUAGAAGGUCAGAAGACAGUAUCAUCACAAUAAUAUUCCUCACUGAACUUCUGAAUAACUUCUUCAAGGACCCAUUCCCAGAAGAAUUUUUGGUUCUCUUCAGAGACUGGGUUAAUGAUUCCAACCCUGAAGUUAGCAAACUGAGCCUUCAGAAAAUCGCCAGCAUGGCACCAGUUAUAAAUGAAAUAGAAAGCGCCUGCAGCUUGAUCACAUCCAUCCUCGAGGCCUUCCUUUCCAAAGAGAAGACAGUUGUCAUGCGGGCUCUGCUCACCCUCCGGAGGCUGCUCGGCAGAUUGGACAAGGUGACCUAUUCCUCGCUGUGCACCAACAUAGCCUCCAGCUACUGUCCUCUGAUGGAUCACAGUAAUGGAGGCAUUCGGAGCAUGGCCAUUCGACACUUUGGAGAACUACUUAGAGAUAUGAGUCAGUACACAUGGAUGCUGAGCCACGUGAUCCUGGGAGGCCUAGUGCCCCUAAUCUUGUUUCUGGAAGAUAAGGAGCAGAGAGUAGUCAAAGCAUGCAAAUAUACACUAGAUAUCUGUGCCUCCCAACUGAAGUGGUCAAUAUCAUACUUACUCAAAGAUGAGAAUUACAACUUUGAGCUGGUGGUCAUCAACAUCUGUAAUAAUCUUGUUGCUUCUAAUGAAAACCAAAUUACAGAUUUAAUAUCUGACACCUUAGGGUUCAUGGGAAGUUCCCGAGUCUAUCUGAGGAGAGGAGCAGUUAUUUUAGUUGGAUACUUGGCAAAAUUGGGUGAAUAUUUCCUACUCAAAGAUGAAAUGGCAGUCAUGUUUGAAGUGAUCGACAAACUGCGCUGGGAUGAAGACCCCAUUACUCGGGACCUGGCAGAAAUGACCCACCACAUUCUAACAGAAAUCGCCUACAAAAUGACCUCCUCCACUAUCAAGAAAAACUUCCGGAGAAUUUUUAGGUUUAUCUACACCAAAAGAUUGAAGCCCCUUUAUAACUGGAACAUGGACCUAACAGAUAGUGACAGUGACACUAAAGAGAUGAAGAGUGACAAAGAAGGCUUGGCAGAAGAGAAUGAUGAUGACAUCGUUAUCUAGAGAAUGAGAGAUUCUCCUGCGCAACUAGAGGUUCGGCACUGGAGCAGACCACAGAAGAGGAAGGAAUCCCCGCCUUGAUAA